UUAAGCGUCCAGCAUUCGCACUUCGGAAACGAAACAGAAGGGACCUCGGUGUUUGUUCGUUCAUUUCGAAAAGUCUCUCCUUCCCGUUGUCACGCGCUAAAAAUAUCUUUCUACGACCGUUGGAGGGUAUACCAUGCCGAAAGAAAAGAGGAAUUAGGUCGAGAAGAGUGAUUCAACAUUGUCCUGGAAUUGUCAUGGAACGGCUAUCGAAAAUCGCGUGUUAUUUUCGUUGGUUGAGGAGUCCGCCUUCGCCACCACCACCACUACCACCAUCAUCAUCGCUAGUAGCAACCGAAGCAGCACCAGCAGCAUCGUCAUUGUCGCCUUCCUGCGAUGUAACAAAGAUGAGCCUCGAGGCCGAUACGACGAGGAAUUCGUCCGUCGUCGACGAAGAUUAUGACGACGAGUGUCGCAAUAAUGUUUGCGACAUCGAGGCUUUGAGGAAAUUCUGCGGAGUUUUGGAAAAUAUCCUUCUAUGGGAAAACUCUGUUAAUAGUAUAACAGUUGUGUUUGUGUUCAAUAUACUCUUCUGGGGGAUAGUUAUUCUAGAGAUCCGAGGCUUUGCAGUAGCCAGCAGUGCUGCGCUUGUCGUGGUUCUCUGUUAUAGGAACCUGGAAGCACAGGCACACGAAGAAAACAAGAAAAAAUUAGUAUCACACACCAAGGCUGAACAGAUUGAAAAGAUAGGACGAAAAAUAAAAUCCGUUUUGCAGAACAUAAAACAACUACGAAAAGAUCAGCCAGGGACGUUUUGUACUGCUGUUUGUACUAUAUCCUUGGGCCUAUGGAUAAUUGGGCGUACUAUAAAUGGAGUAUUACUUGCUUAUAUGAUAUGUAUGAGCAUUCUACUAGUACCUGCAUUACUACUAAAGUUACCUGGAAAAGUAAUAUCACAUAAAGAAUGGGAUAGUGAAGUUGAAGAAUUUUUACCAGUAGUGACUGAAGAUAAUCUUCAGUUAUUAAAAAGGGCAGGAGAAUCAGGUGACCAUUCUCCAACACCAUCAAGCUUACAAUCAGAUAUUCAAAAUGAUUUUUUUAAUGACGACAAACUUGUAGAUUUAAGAAUGCCAUCUCAUGAAGAUGAAAGUAUUGAUGAAGUUGAACUUUCAGAGUUGGAACUUAGUGCCGAAGAGGCAGAUAUAGGUGGCAUUAAGUUUCAAAGCAGACAUUUUGAGAAAGGUUCAUCCUCGGAAGAAGAAAUAGAUUUUAGACAAGAAAUGUUGAAAAAUAUAUUCAAUCCAAAUGAUGAGAGUGAUAAUGAAUUUGAAAUAAUUGAUAGACAGGAAGUUGCAAAUAUAAAUAAUGCAUGAAGAUAUUUAGAAUGUGGAUAUACUUUUAAAACUGUGACAUACAUACGAAAGAAAUGGAAGAAUAUAAUUAUAUCUUAUAUAAAUA